AUGAGUGACAUGUCAGCAACAAAGCAACUUGCUGGAGAUAUGAAUUCUCCUGCUCCCCAACAUUCAGAAAUACCACUUGGUACUUCUACAGACAAUAAUGUUAGUUCUACUAACAAUAAUAUGUCUACGUGGGCAAUGUCUAAUCUUCAAAAAUUAAAUGUGACUGAAUUAUAUACUCAACAACGUCAAAGUUUACGUCCUUGGCUUGAUUUUUUUAAUACAAAUCAAUUUAAACCACCAGCAAAUAUUAAAGCUGGUGCACGUCGACUUGUUUUCAAUGUUGAACAUUUUCAAACAAAUUAUUUCAUUGUAAUUAUUAUUCUAUCAAUUUAUUGCAUAAUUACAACACCUGCUUUACUUUUCAUAUUAUUAGCAAUGGGUGCUGGUUGUUAUUUAGUUAGUUUAAAAAAUCAUGAAAGUCCAUUAACAAUUAUGAAUCAUCAAAUUGCGAUAAGUCAACAAUAUUUAGCAGUAUUUUGCCUUUGUGUACCAUUACUUUUGAUGGUCGGCGCUGGUUCAGCAAUUUUUUGGAUUUUAGGUGCUUCAGUAUUCGUCAUAUUUCUUCAUGCACUUUUUCAUCAAACACCAAAUCAAGAAGCAUUCGGUGUUCAAAUGGAAGAAAUGGCACCAUCAUCAGAUUAUAUCUUAGAGUUUAAAAUAGAUGUUUUUAAAACUUUAAAAAUUGUUGGUAUAACAACAGGAGUGUUAACAGCAAUUGGUCUUGGAGCUUAUUAUAUACAUCGACGUACACAAAGUUCAAAACGUGUUAUUCUACGAGAUGAAGUAAGAAAUAUUCUUCGACCAUUCCAAUUGACUGAAGAACAACUUCGUCGUGUUAUGGCUAAUUUAAAUACAGAAAUGACAAAUGGUUUAAAAUCAGAUGAUACAGAAAAUCUUGAUUUAGCAAUGUUUCCAACAUAUGUUCAUCAUGGACCAAGUGGACAAGAAUCAGGAGAAUAUUUAGUUGUUGAUUUAGGUGGCUCAAAUUUUCGUGUUUCACAUGUAUCUAUUGAAGGACGAAAUCGAAUGCGUUUAAAUAAUAAAAUAUUUCUCAUUCCACAUUCAUUAUUGUUAGGUGAAGGAGAAAAAUUAUUUGAUUAUAUUGCUGAAUGUUUACAAAGAUUUAUUGAUGAUAAUAAAUUAUCGUUACUUAAAUCUGCGAAUUAUAAAUUUGAUUUAGCUUUUACAUUCAGUUUUCCUUGUAAACAAACGAGCUUAAGAGAAGCUACAUUAGUAUCAUGGACAAAAGGUUUCAGUUGUACUAGUGUUGUUGGUAACGAUGUUGUACUUAUGUUACAACAGGCAAUUGAUCGACGAAAAGGUCUUAAAAUACAAGUUGUUGCUUUAGUUAAUGAUACAGUUGGUACAUUAAUGGCUUGUAGUUCAAUUUAUCGUGAUUGUAAAGCUGGUGUUAUUCUUGGCACUGGAACGAAUGCAUGUUACUUUGAAAAUCUUGAUAAUGUACCUAAAUGGACAGGUGUACGAGAUAAUAUACACAAACAAGUUAUUAUUAGUACAGAAUGGGGUGCACUUGGAAGACAUGGUUGUUUGGAUUUUAUUCGAACUGAUAUUGAUCGUGAACUUGAUGAAUCAAGUUUAACACCACAUCAACAAGUUUUUGAAAAAAUGAUUUCUGCUCUUUAUCUUGGCGAAAUUGUUCGUUUGAUUAUUGUUGAUUUAGUUCAACGUUCAAUACUUUUUCCUGGUCGUAUGCAAAAAUCACCAAGUAUUCGUCCUGAUUAUAAUAUAUUUCUUAUUCUAAGAGGAAGUUUCUAUGCGAAACAUGUUGCUGAUAUUGAGAAUGAUACAACCGAAGAUUUGUCAAUUACAACGACAAUUCUUACUUCCAUUGGUAUUCAUGAUCCAUCAUAUGAUGAUUGUUAUAUUAUUCGAGAAGUUUGCAAAACAGUAUCACUUCGUGCUGCUAAACUAGCAGCAGCAGCUGUUGCUGUUCUUAUUAAUCGUCUCAAUAUGUCGUCAGUUACAGUAGCUAUUGAUGGUACACUUUUUCGUCAUCAUCAACAAUUCAAACACAAUCUUACUCGUACCUUAGGUCGACUUGUUCCAAGAACACAUCGCUUAGUUCUUUCUGAAGAUGGUUCAUCAAAAGGUUCAGCAUUGGUAGCUGCUGUUGAUCGACGUUUAAAAACAGCACCAAUGACAUAUGACAAAACAAAUCUUCCAUCAUAA